CAAAUCCCUAGUGGAGGGCAUGCAGCAUCUAAUUCAGUUUUACUACUGACAAUAUGAAGAAUGCAAUUGACUGGGCAUCUUUCUAGCUGUCUGAUCUACAAGCUGCAGGAUGUACUUACAUAGUCUUAAGAAAUAAAGGAAUUAGAAUAAAACCAUGGAACAGGUUCUAUUUCUACGUAAGUGUUUAACACUUCAACAAUAUACAUAGAAGAUUAGCACAUCUGCUCAUAUUUUCAUGAAAAGAAGAUUAAUAUAAUGGUUUAUUCCUAAAACAAAAUGGUGAGCAUUUCUUAAAAAGGGAUUUAUAAUUUAAAACCAGAUUUAUGGAAACUACUAAUUCAAGAAGAAACAAUGAAACAUGAAUUCCCAAAAGGAGAAUGUGCAUACUUCAUCAGCAAGCUAAACAAGGCUUUAAUCAAGCUUUUUCUACACUACAUAUUAAGUCACUUAUUUGUCAGAAUGACUAAUGGAUAUUUUUUUCUCUGAAUUUUAUGACCUAUGUAUUCUCCUUUAAUAAAAAUAAACCAAAUUAAGCAGUCCAUGGUUUCCAUCAAAGCACAUGAACUGGAUUUUACAAUGUAAAACAACUUAUGUGACAAAGCCAUCACUCUAAAGUAAUGAGACAUAUUAUAAAACCAAACGUGCAAUUGUAACUAAAGGAUGCCUAAAUAUAUUUUUGAAGCCAGAAAUCGGAUGUCUCUGUUUUUAUUUUCAUUUAUCCUGGAAAAUAAAAAUAUGUUGCCAUGAGAUGCAAAGGGGGAAAGAAUUAAUGUCCCUGAAAAGAAGUUUUGUUUUUAUUGGUGGCUUUAGAAAACAGAACAAACAAUAUGCACUAGUCUCUAGAAAUAUUUCAGGAAAUUAAGUCCUUUUGUUCAAUCACAAAAUCGUCCUCCUGAAGGGUUGGAACCGAAAGAAAGAAAGAAAGAAAGAAAGAAUAAAAAGGAAGCCAGAAUGUUUCAUCAAGGGAUGAAAUAGAGCACAGCUACAACUCAGCUGCCAGGUGAAAUGCAUGUCAAAAUUCUGUCAGUGACACCAUGUAUCAAUUUAUGACAAGCUGCUACAGUGAGCUGAAAGGCCCUUGAGGCAACAGAAAACAGGACAAAAACAACUGCAACAAAAGAAUGUGCUUCUCUCCCAUUCUGGAAGUCAACAUGCAGUCUGAAUCUAACAUUACAGUUCGAGAUGCCAUUGAUGACAUCAACACCAACAUGUACCGAGCACUGUCAUAUCCAUUAAGCUUUCAAGUUUCUCUCACUGGAUUUCUGAUGUUAGAAAUUGUGUUGGGACUUGGCAGCAACCUCACCGUGUUGGUACUUUACUGCAUGAAAUCCAACUUAAUCAAUUCUGUCAGUAACAUUAUUACAAUGAACCUUCAUGUACUUGAUGUAAUAAUUUGUGUGGGAUGUAUUCCUCUAACUAUAGUUAUCCUUCUGCUUUCACUGGAGAGUAACAGUGCUCUAAUUUGCUGCUUCCAUGAGGCUUGCGUUUCUUUUGCAAGUGUUGCGACUGCAAUCAACGUUUUUGCUAUCACUUUGGACCGAUAUGAUAUCUCUGUAAAACCUGCAAAUCGAAUUCUGACAUUGGGAAGGGCUGUGAUGUUAAUGACUUCAAUAUGGAUUGUCUCUCUUUUCUCCUUCCUGAUUCCCUUCAUUGAAGUCAAUUUUUUCAGUCUUCAAAGUGCAAGUACUUGGGAAAAUAAAACUCUUUUGUGUGUCAGUGUAAAUGAAUACCACACCGAACUGGGAAUGUACUACCAUCUCCUAGUACAAAUUCCAAUAUUUUUCUUCACUGUUAUAGUAAUGCUAAUUACAUACACCAAAAUACUCCAGGCUCUUAAUAUUCGAAUAGGCACAAGAUUUACAACAGGGCAAAAGAAAAAAGCCAGAAAGAAAAAGACUAUUUCUUUGACCACACAACACGAGACUACUGAUGUGUCACAAAGCAGUGGCGGGAGAAAUGUAGUCUUUGGCGUAAGGACUUCAGUUUCAGUAAUAAUUGCCCUACGACGAGCUGUAAAACGACAUCGUGAACGACGGGAAAGACAAAAGAGAGUCUUCAGAAUGUCUCUGUUGAUUAUUUCAACGUUUCUUCUCUGUUGGACGCCCAUUUCUGUUUUAAACACUACAAUUUUAUGUCUGGGCCCAAGUGACCUUUUGGUAAAGCUGAGAUUAUGUUUUCUAGUUAUGGCAUACGGAACAACUAUAUUUCACCCUCUACUUUAUGCAUUCACUAGGCAAAAAUUUCAGAAGGUCCUGAAAAGUAAAAUGAAAAAACGAGUCGUUUCAAUAGUGGAAGCAGAUCCCAUGCCGAAUAAUGCUGUAAUACAUAACUCAUGGAUAGAACCUAAAAGGAACAAACAGAUUACUUUCGAAGACAAUGAAGUAAGGCAGAAAUGUUUAGUACCUCAGGUUGUCACUGACUAGAUUUCAGUAAAGUAUUCACCAAAUCAUCCAAGAGGAAAUAU